UAUCACCAUCCUUCACCUUCCCUCCUCUCCACCUCCGCUGCCAUGGAGCUCCAGCAGGCUGAAUCACAACAGCGUCUGCAGAAAGGGCUGAGCAGGUAGAUGUGUAUGCGGCGCUCCGUUGGGCCAGUAUGGAGUUUGUGUGUCUGAGAAGGUGGGCAUCGGGCUCUGCUGUCGUCUUCCUUCACACACUGGCCUUAUCCUGGUCAGGUGCAAUUGAGCCAACCCCCAAAAUCGACGGACGGCACCAGGCGGCUCUGACACUGCAGGAAAACAUGACGCACUGGUUCAAUUGCCAAUCAGACGGCUGGGAUCCUCGUGCCCCUCCCUUGCUAACGUGGUACCUGAAUGGGGAGCAGCAGAGAGGGCCACCGCCAAAACGUCGGCACCGAGUGAUGACGGCGCAGAAAGAUUCUGACGUCAUGAGACCGGGGACCGAUCACAACAGCACCUUCUCUCUGCGGGCCAGGAAGUGGGACAGGGAGCUGGUAUGUGUCGCAUCCAACCCCAGGACAGGAGAGAGCCACAACGCCACGGUCACACUCAACGUCCAGUUUCAGCCAGAGAUCCUGAAGCUGAACGCCCACUACAGUCACACCUCAGACCCUGGCCUCUCCCUGGUCCUCGUUGCCUUGGUGCGGUCCAACCCACCUGCCACCAUCACGUUUGUGGACCAGUCUGGCCAGCAGGUAGCCAACACUUCGGACUUCCUCAUCGUGGACUCGCAAAGCUACCCCUGGCUGACCAAUCACACGCUAAAGGUCUCGCUCGGGAGCCUAUCAGGGAAUAUCUCACUGAACGUCAGCAACAGUGUGGGAACGGUGCAGAGCAACCUCACACUGGCAGAGUUCCUGCAGUCUCGUGUGGAAGUACCCAUGCUGGGAAUAGUGACUGGUGGAGCCAUGGCCUUCAUGGCCCUCCUCAUCCUCAGUCUGAUCGUUCUCUGCCUCAUGCAAAAAAACAAAAGCAAGUCCUUCGACGAGCCGGUGGAGAUUCUGAUGACCAAGAAAAGCGAAUCAGCCAAUCUGAAGACGGAGAAAACUGACAAGACAUACAUCCCCAGAGAGAACAUGUCCCUGCCUUCCAACAUGCAGCUCCACGACCUCAACACUUUGAGAAAAGCCCGAGAGGCCGCCCAGCAGAACAGUGUGGGAGAGAAGAAGAAAGAGGAAGAGGAGGAGGAAGAUCUGUCUUUAGCCUACGCCGCCAGAGGUUUUGCCAGAUAUCCGAUGGUGGGCUACAUCUAUAAGGUGAACAGCACAAGCAGUGAGGAGAUCUGGCUCUGACUGACCUCCACACACACACACACACACUCUCUACAUGCAUGUAUAGCUACUUCUAAUGGUGCAGCUGUCCAAGAGGAAACCCAGAGCAACUGCCAUUCAAACCAAUCAUCCAGUCACCUUCACACUGGACCCGGACAAUCAGAGACUAUCUGGACACACACACAGUCUGUUUCUCAAGUUCACCCAUGAGCUUGAAUCCCUCGUUCACAAAACAAAACUGUGGCUGUUUCUGUCUAUCUGAACCUAGUGCCCUGAUCCAUGUGUUGAAGAAUGAACACAUAUCAUAAAAAAAUGCGCAUAAUCUGUAUGUUUCUACAUGAUUCCCUCCUGUAAGCACACAAUGUCCUCCUCCCUGUUAGAAUGCAUUAAUUGUCCUAUGCUAACACCAGAAUGUCGGAGUUAAUGUACUGUACGUGAGAAUUCUGACCAAUAAUAUCCAAAUAAGAUGGUACAUAUUUAUGGAGUAUGUAUUUGUAUAUGGACAUGUAACAUGUCAUGUACUGUAUAUUUGUAUGCAUAUGUAUAUGUGUAUAAAAGAGGACAUCUAAUAAAGUUAAUGAAAUUG